CCCUGCUUUUCUAUGAUGGUUUACAGUGGCCACCCCCUCCUCAGGUCAGUGUCAAACAAAACUAGAAUUCAGACUUCUGCUGUAGCAAUGGUUCUGCAUUCAUUGGAUGGUCAUCGACACCACAGAUUGUCAAGGAUCAACCAUCAAAGGUUAAAGGAGCUGUCAACGUGAAGCUGUGCGGUGCUAGCCACAAGAUCCUUGGAGGUGAAUUCCAGAGAUCCACCCUUGACCUUAUUUGACCUGGCAGGAGUUCAGUGGUGGGCCAUCCGGGAUGUCAUUGUACCGUUUCAACCCUCCCCCGACAACAUCUCACAUUUGUGGUCAUAGUCCAGUGAGCCCCACUACCUGACGAAGAUCUAUAGGAGGUCGGUGAGGGCCCUUCUGGAGCACUGCGUCCGCUUCUGGUCUCCCCGUUAUCGGAAGGACGUUAUUAAACUGCAGAGGGCUCGGAAGAGAUUUACCGGGAUGUUGCCGGCAAUGGGAGGGUUUGAGUUAUCGGGAGAGGCUGGGACCUUUUUACCACUGCAGGUGGAGGGGUGACCUUAUCGAGGUUUGUAAAAUCAUGAGGGGCACAGGAGCCCGUGACCGUUUGCACUCGCCACGUUGCCCAUUGAAUCGGCCCUAGUGAUGACAAUUCUGUGAGGACAGACAACAGAGGGAACGGAGAAUGUGGCUGGAGGGGUUUGUUGUUCCGUCACUGCUCAGCCUCGUCUCUGUUGGGGCGACCUACACCUCCGUCCACCAGGCCGGCUACUGUGCCUUCUACGAGGACUGCGGCAGGAACCCCGAGGUGAGCGGCAGCCUGAUUCCGGCCCGGGUGCCGUGCCUGUACAACGGGCCGGCCAAGCGGGUGACGGGCAGCGCCCACCUGCAGCUGCUGCGGCGGGUCUGCCCGAUGCUGGUGGGGCCGGAGGUCCCCCUGGCCUGCUGCUCGGCCCGGCAGCUGGAGAUGCUGGAGAAGAGCCUGGCGAUGUCCAAGCCGCUCCUGAGCCGGUGCCCGUCCUGCGUGGACAACUUUGUUAACCUGUACUGCCAGAACACAUGCUCGCCGGACCAGAGUGUGCACAUCAACGUGACCCGGGCCUUCCGCGCCAACGUCUCCGGCUUGCUCAUCGACGCUGUGCUCGAGUACCAGUGCUACUACAGCAGUCGCUUCGCCGAGGGCAGCUACAACUCGUGCCGCAACGUUCGCAUCCCCUCUACCGGUGGCUACGCCAUCUCCCCAAUGUGCGGCAAGUACGGGGCCGCGCUCUGCAAUGCCGAACGCUGGCUGCGUUUCCAGGGAGACAGCUCCAACGGCCUAGCACCGCUCGACAUCCACUUCGUCCUGGUGCCACCGAUCAGCAACGGCUCGACCCCGGGCCCGGGCCCGGGGGGGGGCAUCGUGCCUUACGACGGCGCCUUCCAUCGGUGCGACCAGCCCUCAGGACCCGGGGGCCAGGCCUGCUCCUGCCUGGACUGCGUGGAGUCGUGCCCGGCGUUGCCCCCACCCCCUCCGCCCCCGGGGCCUUGGAUGUUAGGCCAGAUGGACGGACCCCUGGCGCUGGGCCUGAUCCUCUUCACCGGGGCUGUCCUCCUCUUCGCCUGCCUCCUCUUCCUCCUCAGGCAGUGGCCAGGCGGCCAUGAGAAGAACGAGGCCCCGAAGGUUACCUGCACCGGGCCUCCCCCCUCCACGUCCACACAGCAGAAGCUGAGUUGGGUUUUCCAGGUCUGGGGAACGGCGGUGGCUCGGCACCCGGUGCCUGUCCUGCUGGCAUCCUGUGCCGCUGUGGCCGUGCUCUCCUGCGGCCUGGUCUUCGUGAAACUGACCACCGACCCUGUGGAGCUGUGGUCAGCCCCCGACAGCCAGGCACGCAGUGAGAAGGCCUUCCACGAUGCCCAGUUUGGGCCCUUCUUCCGCACCAACCAGAUCAUCGUGACAGCUGGGCCUGAUGGUCGCCCGGGAUACACCUACGACUCAGUGUUCUUCGGGCCUACGGCCUUCAGCGGCCUCUUCGCCUCCAAGGAACUGCUCCUGCAGCUGCUGGACCUCCAGACCCGGCUGCAGGCCAUCAGUGUCUGGUCGGAGACAGCGCGCAGGAACAUCACGCUGAAGGAUAUCUGCUACGCCCCGCUGAACCCCGACAGCCCUGGGCCUACCGACUGCGCUGUCAACAGCCUGCUACAGUACUUCCAGAACAACAGGAGCCUCAUCGACACUGUCGCCAACCAAACCAUGGCAGGGGUGACUGGCACCGUGGACUGGAGGGAUCACUUCCUCUACUGCAUCAACUCGCCUCUCUCCUUCAAGGACAGUACAGAAUUGGGAAUGAGCUGCAUGGCAGACUACGGAGCGCCUGUGUUUCCAUUCCUGGCUGUCGGCGGGUAUGAAGGUGAAGAUUUCAGCAAGGCAGAAGCGUUCAUCAUGACCUUCUCUCUAAACAACUACCCACCCGGUGACCCCAAACAUGAAUUUGUCUUGCUCUGGGAGCGCGAAUACUUGAAGAUUCUCCAGGACUACAAACAUAACAAGUCCAUCAACUUCAGCAUUGUCUACAUGUCAGAGCGGUCCCUGGAGGAUGAGAUCAACAGAACUACGGCAGAAGACAUUCCCAUUUUUGCCAUCAGUUACCUGGUGAUAUUCAUCUACAUCGCCUUGGCGCUCGGGGAGUACACAAGUUGGCGAACCAUCAUGGUCGACUCGAAGGUGACGCUGGGGCUCGGCGGGAUUCUCGUGGUCCUGGGCGCAGUUUUUGCAUCCAUGGGGUUCUACGCCUAUGCUGGGGUGCCGUCCUCGCUCAUCAUCCUCGAGGUGGUCCCCUUCCUGGUGCUGGCCAUUGGGGCAGACAACCUCUUCAUCCUCGUCCUUCAGUACCAGAGGGACGAGAGGCGAGCGGAAGAAGGGACGGAGGAGCAGAUUGGCCGUGUCCUGGGAGACGUGGCUCCCAGCAUGCUCCUCUGCAGCAUCUCCGAAUCAAUCUGCUUCUUCCUGGGUGCCCUCACCAAGAUGCCGGCCGUCCGCAGCUUCGCACUCUACGCAGCGCUGGCCAUCCUGUUCGAUUUCCUCCUCCAGAUCUCAGCGUUUGUAGCUCUAAUGUCCCUGGACGUGAAAAGAGAGGAGAAAAACAGAUUCGAUAUCUGUUGCUGCGUCCGUGCAAAAGUCGGAAAGCGGAAGAAGAGAAAUGAGGGGUUUUUGCUGCCAUUGAUGAGGGAAUAUUACGCCCCAUUUCUGCUUCACCCUGUCACCAGGAUAAUCGUGAUCAUAUUGUUUAUCUUCAUGGUGUGCGCUGCAAUAUUUUUAAUGCUUCACGUUCAAGUGGGACUCGAUCAGGAACUUUCUUUGCCAAAGGGCUCGUACAUGUUGGAUUACUUUGCGGCCCUCAACAAGUAUUUUGAGGUGGGCGUCCCUGUGUAUUUUGUCACCACCGCUGGCUACAAUUUCUCUACCAUUGAUGGCAUGAAUGGCGUCUGCUCUAGCGUGGGCUGUGACAACAACUCCAUGACCCAGAAGAUCCAAUACGCCACAGAGUUCCCUCAGGUGUCUUACAUGGCCAUCCCGGCAUCUUCCUGGGUCGACGACUUCAUCGACUGGCUCAACCCGAUAUCGCGGUGCUGCCGGCUCUUCGUUACGGGGCCCAAUGCUGGCGAGUUCUGCCCGGCAACCAACAAUCAGCUUAACUGCCGUAAGACGUGCAUGGCGUCCAAUCAGAACGGUAUCAUCCGGCCAGACAUCGAGAAGUUCAAUCUGUACCUGCCCAGAUUCCUGAAUGAUAUUCCCACCCUCCAGUGCUCCAAGGGGGGUCUGGGAGCUUAUGGAAAUGCGGUGAAAAGAGACCCGAAUGGUGCGAUCUUGGCCUCCAGAUUCAUGGCUUACCACACCCCACUGAAAAAUUCACAGGAGUACACUGCUGCGCUGAAGAUAGCCCGUGAGAUCGCUGCCAACAUCACAGAGAGCAUGAGGGAAGUCCCGGGGACCCAUCCAAACUUCGAAGUCUUCCCAUACACGAUCACCUAUGUAUAUUACGAGCAGUACCUGACCAUAGUGAAUGAGGGCCUCUUCAACAUCGGACUGUGCCUGAUCCCGACAUUUGUGGUCUGCUGCAUCCUGCUGGGAAUGGACAUUCACUCGGGAUUCCUGAACCUGAUCACUAUCGUGAUGAUCAUCGUGGACACAGUCGGGGUGAUGACCCUGUGGGACAUUCCCUACAACGCCGUGUCCCUCAUCAAUCUCGUGACGGCGGUUGGCAUUUCCGUGGAGUUUGUCUCUCACCUCACGCGCUCCUUCGCCAUGAGCACCAAGGAGAAUAAGGUGCAGCGUGCCAAGGAGGCCACAUACACCAUGGGUAGCGCGGUGUUUGCAGGCGUGGCGAUGACCAACCUCCCCGGGAUCAUUGUCCUGUACUUCGCUCAGUCUCAGCUCAUUCAGGUCUUCUUCUUCCGCCUCAACCUGGUGAUCACCCUACUGGGCCUCGUUCAUGGCCUGGUCUUCCUGCCUGUACUCCUCAGCUACUUCGGACCAGGCAUUAAUUCUGCUGCAUUCCUGCAACGAGAGAUUACGAAGGACCCCCUGGCAGAUAAGGCAGACGUUGACGGUUGCUUUCACAACUUUGGCUAUAAGGGAUCUGUUGACCACUCAACAACGCAGUGUAAUGGGUCAGCGCCGACAGAGGAAGAUACAGUGCCUCGAGACAGAGACGCUUCGUUGGAGAAAGGAUCUGACUCGGCAGGAAAUUGUACAGAUGCUGUCACUUCAUGUUAACGCCUACUUCUGUUCAGAGACAAAGGUGGAGCUGUGUGGGAAAUAGAACUAGGUCGCCAGCUCUCACUGCUGGUCGCGGACCACCACGGCAGGAGCCCUGAGCAUUCCUCACAUCCCCCUUCAAACCACCCAGCUGUUGGCAUCCCCCGGUGGAAAUCUGCCACUGUUUUAAAUUGUCCCCGUGUGCGGGCCGAAUCCCCGGGUAUUCCCGGUCCACAGACGCAACGCGGAUCUACCUCGGCCCCCGAGAUCCUUGGGAUCCGGUCCGAAAGGAAUCCCGAGCCCCAACCACCAUCCACCACCUCCACUUCCUUGCAUAGCCCGAAUGACAGACACAUCCACUCAGCCGACCGUCGCUAAAGCCGGGUGGCAUCACAAUGGCAUAAAGGAGGCGUUGUGCCCUUAGCGCAGCUGCUUGCCAUGAGCUGUCCAAAUAACCCGCGCUCCGGCCUGACACACCCCCACAACUUCCCUGCGAAUGCGUCCACCCGCUCCCCAACCCCGUUGUACUUCCCAAAGUUCCCAAGCGAAUUAGUCUCCCCGCCAGCUUACUGAUAUACUCCCUCAACUCAUGUCAGACUCAUAGAGGUCUGCAGCGUAGAAACAGGCCCAGUUUUCGUGACUGAUCGAGUCCCAUUCGCCUGCGUUUAGUCCAUAUCCCUCCACAUUUAUCCCGUCCAAAUGUUUCUCAAAUGACAAAACUCGGCAGGGCCUCCGGCAGCCUGUUCCAGACACUCACCACCCUCUGUGUGAGCCCUCUGGACCCUGUUAUAUCUCUCCCCUCUCACUUAUGUCCUCCAGUUUUACACUCCCCUACCCUGGGGAAAAGCUGUCGGCUAUCCCCCUUAUCUGCGCCCUUCAUGGUUUUAUGAACCUCUUUAAGGUCACCCUUCCAACUCUAACUAACUCGAACCUUCUGGGAGAUCUUUCCUGCACUCUUUCUAGGUUAAUAAUAUCAGGGGGAACAGAACCGAGCGCGGUCUUCCACAACUGCCCUGUACAGUCACAACACGGCCCCCCCGACUCCCAUACUCAACGCACUAGCCAAUGAAGGCAAGCGUACCAAACGAACGCUGAAUGAACUGCAGACGCUGUGAAUCAGAAACACAAAUAUAAAUUACUGGAAAAGCUCAGCAGGCCUGGCGGUGGGGUGCGAAGAGAAAUCAGAGCUGGCGUUUCGGGUCUGGUGACACUUCCUUAGAACUUUUGCGAUCAAAUCUCCCCUCAGCCUACUCGCGCUUGUCUCCAGACACUUUUGCAGCCCCCAGAUCCACCAUUCCCGCCAUGCUGUAAUGACCUUCCUGAGGUUUGGUGAAUUGGAUGCAGUGCUCCGGAAGAGGCCGCAGUGUUUCGAAAACGGUUGCAGAAGUGUUUUGUUUUUAAAAAAGCAGCUGUUGUCUACCCGAAAACUCGCCCACGAAGGAUUCCACGCUUCUGCGUUUAGCGACACUUUGCGUGGUGGGGUCAGAGGUCAGCGCUGAUGCCUCACGGCGCCAGGGACCCUUGUUCAAAUCGACCCUUAGGGCAACUGUCUGAGUGCAGAGUUUGCAAGUUGGCCCCGUGUCUGCGUGGAUUCCUCGGGGGGCUCCGGUUUCCUCCCACACUUUGUACAGGUUACGGUGGGUUGGCCGUGCUAAAUUACCCAUAGUGCCCAGGGAUGUGCAGGUUAGGGUGGAUUGGCCGUGUUAAAUUACCCAUAGUGCACAGGGAUGUGUGGGUUAGGGUGGGUUGGCCGUGCUAAAUUACCCAUAGUUCCCAGGGAUGUGCAGGUUAGGGUGGAUUGGCCGUGCUAAAUUACCCAUAGUUCCCAGGGAUGUGCAGGUUAGGGUGGAUUGGCCGUGCUAAAUUACCCAUAGUUCCCAGGGAUGUGCAGGUUAGGGUGGAUUGGCCGUGCUAAAUUACCCAUAGUUCCCAGGGAUGUGCAGGUUAGGGUGGAUUGGCCGUGCUAAAUUACCCAUAGUUCCCAGGGAUGUGUGGGUUAGGGUGGAUUGGCCGUGCUAAAUUACCCAUAGUUCCCAGGGAUGUGUGGGUUAGGGUGGGUUGGCCGUGCUAAAUUACCCAUAGUUCCCAGGGAUGUGCAGGUUAGGGUGGAUUGGCCGUGCUAAAUUACCCAUAGUUCCCAGGGAUGUGCAGGUUAGGGUGGAUUGGCCGUGCUAAAUUACCCAUAGUUCCCAGGGAUGUGCAGGUUAGGGUGGGUUGGCCGUGUUAAAUUACCCAUAGUGCACAGGGAUGUGUGGGUUAGGGUGGGUUGGCCAUGCUAAAUUACCCAUAGUGCACAGGGAUGUGUGGGUUAGGGUGGGUUGGCCGUGGGGAACACAGGGUUGACGGGGUGAAUCUGGGUGGGAUGCGCUUCGAUGGGCUAGCUCCCACACUGUCGGCAUUCCCUGAUACACAUCGCAGGCAUAUGCUGCUUUAGCUCAGGGCCUCGGUCUCAGCCUAUGUCGGGGGAGAAAGGGGGUGAUCAGGUGAGUCUCCACUUUAAUAGUCAUCAUCUACACAACAACUGACCCUCGCCAGCCCUGGGCCAGGCUGCUGGCUUAACACUAGUGUGAGGCAACCGGGGACAGGCAAUAAAUGGUGAGCCAAUAAAUACCCUGAUUGUUAAAGGAGUGGGGAACGAGAGAUCUGCUUCGACGCGGCCCGUUAGCUGCGGGUCACCCUGAAUCGGCAAGGCGUUGGGCGUUCGGCUGGGAAUUUCCUUCACUUCCCUUUAAAAACAAGAAAGUGAGGGUUGGGUGGGCAGGGUGCGUGCUGGGUCCCGUCGAGGCCCAGCUGUCAAAAAUGGCGGGUGACAGCAAGAGAGUGGUGGCCGUGGAAACCGCAAGGCAAGAUGACUUGCUCCCUGUCUGGUCUCCCUCCCCACUUCGGCUUCCGAUUAAAGAAGUGACUGUUUCCUCAGACGUGAGGAGGGGAAAAUAACGCAGAAGUGUCCAAAUUGUUGGGUCGGCGAUCGUUCCUCCCUUUGACCCUGGCGUUGGCGUGCUGCCGUUUCGGUCCUUUCUGAACGUGUUCUGUUCUCAGUCGCACUGCAGCGGUUACUCGUGGCCUGCACAGAACAGAAAGGAACACGGCCAUCGACAGCUCCGGGGUUUAUAUCGUCGUUUGGGAGUGACACCCACGCGUUGCGCCCCGGUAAAACAUGCACGGAGGUUUGUCCCUGCCCGUUGGGAACAAAGCCUUUCUCCACCUGCCGGUGAAGUUAAAACCGCGCCGGGAGAGGGGGUUGCUCUGCAGUCCCAGGAGGAGGAGGCCAUUCUGCCCCACGAUCCUCCGUGCACACUCAGUCCAGGUGAAGACACACCCGGGCCUUAACCCUAGCUCUGGCCUGGCCAUUCAGGAAGACCUGAUGACUUGGGUUCAGAAAUUUCCAGCGGCGUGGAAGCAUAUUUCAAUUGGGAACAGGAGGAGACACAGAGGGGAAGAUUCUGUACUAUUUUGGCGAUCCUCUCCUCAGUUACGGUGACCAGAACUAAGUCCAUUCCCCAGAAUCAAACCUGGGUCUUUUAAGACUCCUAUCAGCUCUGACUCCUUGAGGCAAAAAAGGCUUGACGUCCCCGAGCUGCCUUGAAUAUUUUUUUGUUUUGAUCUGCUCCCGCAUCAUCUCCAAAGAUCGCUCAUUUCCCUGUAUCUUUGCCUUCAGAAAGUAAUCAGAUUGACUGUCUUUGGUUCUAAAGCCAACUUGCCCAUCAAACUCUGUCAGUGACAGCUUUGCCCACUCACACCCUCAGGUGAUGUCCCCUGCCAUCCCAUCCCCCUUUGAGAUGGCACCGAACUGAGCUAAUUUGGGCCAGCCCUUCUUCAGGCACCUUGCCUGCCCAUUCGCCAGACGCCAACGGUCAGAUUGCAGACACCAGGCUACUUAACAGGCACGCCCAAAGAAAAAAAAACACUGCUGGAUUGGUCAUUCCCCCUUGUGCCAGUCGCGCCGAAGAGGUGCCAGCCAACAGCUGGUUUUCAACCUUGAAACUUCUGCCCUCCCUCUGAAUAAAAAUGAAACCUUUCGUGAAAAUAUUUAGGCCAAGCUAAUAGCAUACUUUUGCUUUCAACGAAAGGGAUAUUGCUGUAAAGAUCUGCCUCCUCAGGCUCAAUGUCGCCCCUUAAUUCCACUGAGAACCUACCUACUGCUCAGGAAACAUUCAACGAGGCAGCUUCACUGGGCCCAAGAAUUCCGCGGAUUUGCAAACCCUUCGGGUGAAGAAGUUCCUACUCAGCUCAGUCCUAAAUCUGCUCCCCCUCGUUCUAGUUUCACCCAUCAGUGAGAACACCCUCUGUGUUCCUACCCUCUCCCUUCCCUUGUAAUUUUAUACGUUUCUAUAAGAUACCACCCUGCCCCCACAAUUCCUCUAAAUUCCAACAAGUAUAGUCCCCAAGGUGCUGGGGAGUAGUGUGACUUACCAACUGGGCCUCAUGUCCCACCAAAAUGGAAACUUAUCAGACUUUUGCUAUUCUAUUCGCCAUUUUAUUUCGCCCAGCAGAGCUACAUUCUACUCAUGGAGGAGACCGGGGCUAGACUGAGCCAGUAAACGGUGAGAAUGUACUCUGAGUAGAUGUGGUUAGUCUGUAAGCCUUUGUGCGAUCCUGCUCGUGGUGCCCACGGCGAUGCAAACGCAUGGCUGUUCUCUCCGUCUCUCCUCUCCCCAUCCCACAGGCCCCAAGUAAGAGACGCUGCUUAAGCCAUGGGUACAGCGGGCGCCAUGAACUCUGUGUCACAGGAAUCCGCUCCCAAUUGGUAAAUCUGCUGCCUCGACCCCUUGUCUCUGUGGACGCUGUAAAGGAGAGAGAGAGAGUUACAGUCCUACUUUAAAAAAGGGCAUCGAUGCAACUGGCUUCCAGAAGUAGUGGCAUGUGGUUGCUGUGUGGGGCAGGAUGAUACGGAGGUGAAAUCCCAUGUGGAGAGGCAGCCGAGUGGCUGGAGAAGGUGGAUACACAGCGGUGGCCGUGGCUCUGUGGCUCGAAGAGGUCAAGUGUUCGAAUCCCACUCUGCAAUUCCCAAAACCAUCACAGCUGGGGGGUGGGGAAGAAGUGGGCACUGUUUCUCCACAGGAAGCUCUUCCUAGUGUCGUAACAACAAGAACCAAUUAAAUA